AAGUGAAUAGACUUGGCCAUGGCGGAAGACAUUGGCGGCGGCGGUGACGAAGAGGACGCCGUGGCGCCGUUGCCGAGUGACAUUGCUGCUGCUACUGCUACUGGUGUUGCUAAUGAUGACGACGACGAUGAUGAUGAUGAUGCCGGUGGCGGGCGGCGAAAGAAGAAGGUGCCGGUGUCCAAGACCGCCUCCGUUGCCAGCUCCAAGUCCGGCAAGAGUCUGUUAUCUAUGGCCAACAUGUGGCUGCAGCGUCAACAGUCGUCGUCCAGCAACAGCACGUCGAAGCCCUUGCUGGAUGACACCAGCAACAACAAGGACGCCGUCAUCAAGCAGUGCGAAGACAAGGACGGCUUCGACUGCUUCCAGCUGUUCCAAGUCGGGCAUCGGUCAUGUGCCAAACUGGACGUGAAAGUCGUCAGGGGCGAGAACAUCUCCAAGGGUUCCUGGAAAGAUUUCUUCGACAAGCCUGACCCCUAUGUGCGACUGCGAGUGCCGAAAACACCCAACGGGUGGAAGGAGACGAAGCCCGUCGACAACAAUUUGAACCCGGUGUGGGAUGAUGAGUUCGAGUUCUUUGUGGACCUCGAGGAACAGAGUGAUCUCGUUUUGGACCAUGUGAUUGGACGUGCCACGAUCCCGUUCCGUCCGGACAUUGAACCGCAUAUCGUGCACGAGAAGAAGAUCCCCAUCAGAAAGGGAUUUAUCCACAUGGAGCUGCUGCUGACGCCUCAAGCCGAGUCCGACUUGCGGUACAGUCUGGCGCUGUGCCAGGGCGAGAAGGAAUUCCUGAGGAAACGCUGCCCGCACGUGUUCAAAGCAGUUCGGAACCUGCUGGGGCCCAACUGUCCCGAUGCCCCGGCCAACUACGGUGAGGUUCCCAUAGUCGCUGUGCUGGGCUCUGGCGGCGGGUACCGCGCCAUGGUGGGCAUGCUGGGUUGCGCCAAGGCCAUGAUGCGAUCCGGGAUCUGGGACUGCGUCACGUACGCGUCUGCCCUGUCCGGCUCUUCCUGGUUCCUGUCCACCCUCUACUCGCACCCCGAGUUCCCCGGCAACCCCGACGCCCUGCAGACCGAAUUGCGCGUGAACGUGACGGAGCGGGACUGGAAUGUGUUCCUGUCCACCCUCUACUCGCACCCCGAGUUCCCCGGCAACCCCGACGCCCUGCAGACCGAAUUGCGCGUGAACGUGACGGAGCGGGACUGGAAGAAGAACCUGAACGCGUCGAGGGUCGUCAAGUACGCCCGACUCAUGGCCCGCAAGCACGCAGCGGGCCAGCCCGUCUCCUUCACCGACUUCUUCUCGCACAUGCUGGCCGACGCCAUCAUGCCGGAGGCGAGUCAUAUUGUUAUUGAUGUUCUUCUCCUCAUCAUUCUCCUGAUCGUCGUCGUCGUCGUCGUCGUCCGGGCCAAGGUGGCCCUUGGCACGGCCCCGUUCCCGCUGUACACGGCGUUGCACGCCAAGCGGGACGUGUCGGCCGACGAGUUCCACGAGUGGGUCGAGUUCUCGCCCUUCGAGAUCGGCAUGCCCAAGUACGGCGUCUUCCUCAAGACCGAGGACUUUGGCAGCAAGUUCUACAUCGGCAGCAUCAUCAAGCGGUAUCCGGAGCCGCCGCUGACCUACCUUCAAGGUGAACUGCAUAGGAAGCAAGUCGUGCUGAGCCAGCAGCGGGCCAAGGUGGCCCUUGGCACGGCCCCGUUCCCGCUGUACACGGCGUUGCACGCCAAGCGGGACGUGUCGGCCGACGAGUUCCACGAGUGGGUCGAGUUCUCGCCCUUCGAGAUCGGCAUGCCCAAGUACGGCGUCUUCCUCAAGACCGAGGACUUUGGCAGCAAGUUCUACAUCGGCAGCAUCAUCAAGCGGUAUCCGGAGCCGCCGCUGACCUACCUUCAAGGAAUUUGGGGCAGUGCGUUCACGAUUCUGUUCAAGCGGCUGAUUGCCGAGGCCAACAAGAAGGACCUGAUUGAGCGACUGCGCGACCGCCAGGCCAGAGUGGACACCGCCACUGCCGCCGCCUUGUCAUCGUCCCGAUCCUCGUCGGCCGUCACGACGCCGACGCACGAACGCCGCUUGUCCAUCAACGACGACGUCCUCGACGACGAGGCCGACUCCUUGCGACGCGAGAUGGCCGAGCACAUGGAGCUCACUCUGAACAAAGCGUCGUCGUCAUCGCAGCAGUCGGAGACGGCGAAUGCGGACGACGACGACAGUCCGUCGGAAGGCGAGGAGUUGCCAAUGACGACGACGACAAUGACCGUAGUCGCCAAUAACAGCAACGGGACUUCCAGCAAGCAGAAUAAUAAGAAGGAAUUGGCGUCUGGUGCCAAGUUGAGGCGGAUCGGCCGAACUCUGCACGCCUUUGCUGCCAAUAAGCGGACUUUACUGACGAAGGAUCCGAAUCAGCAGCAGUCGGUGGUUAUUCAUCAUGCUGAUGAUGUCGUGUUGGAUGAAACCGAAGAUGAUGACGACGACGACGACGUCGUCAACAACGAAAAUCAUAAAGAAAAGUGGCAAGAAAAUGAUGGAGAGGGCACCAUCAGCAAACCGCAUCACAGCAACAAGUUGAAUAACUUGUUGGCAUUGGCCAAGAAAUCCACCAACAGAACCGGUUUCUAUAAAAUUUCCGAAUCCAAGCCGACAAAAAAUGAUUCAUCCGCUUCACCAACAAUCAUCAGGACGGACAGGAAAAUGUCCAACUCUUCAAAGAGGAAGAAUAACAGGGAUUACGCGUUGGAAAGUUCGCAAGGCAGUGAAGAAAAGCUGGACGACGUCGACAAGCAGGACAGCCUUUAUAAAAUGCAGAAUAAUGCAGGCAACUUCUCUUCUCCGUAUGCGGCAGAUGACGGGCCACGUGAGCAGCAGCAACAGCAACAGCACAAGUCCAGCAGCAAUGACAAGCCGAAAAUGCGGUUCCUGCGCCGCUACUGGGCCUCGGAAAACACCAAUAAGGACCGGAAGAGCAAUGCGGACGAAGACGAGUUGCGGCGACGGUCGACGGUGGGUGCGGAAGUGCUGCUGACGACGACGAGACCCGAUAAGGCCAGUGAUGAUGAUGAUGAUUUGCCGCAAGAAGAAGAAGAAGGUGGAGAUCGUGACCUACUGGCCCGCCGAAAUGGGUCAUCGUCGAGCCCCAUCGGGAAUAAAUCCAAUGAGGGGUUCGCAUCGGGUCGCAGACGGGGACUCCGGCAUCGCGGGGCCGUGCGCAAGGUCAGCGGGCAACACGGCCGCGACUACUGGAAAGUGCAAAAGCUGCACGCCAAGGAGGAAAAGUCCAAGUCGUUCUGGUCGUCCGUGGGCCAGCGGAUCCUGCAGAGCAGCAUGUUCGACAACCGGGAGGCCCGUGCGGGGGCCAUCUUCAACCCGCUGCGUGGCUUGAAGUUGCAGGACCGCUUCCCCAUCUCCCCGUUUGCGCAGAUGCAAUUGCUGGAUGAUGACGAAGAAGAAGAAGAUGCUAAUGAUGAUGACAAGGAGGAGGAGACACAGCAGUCAUCAAGUGUCAACCAUCAUCAGUUGUCAUCAUCAUCACCACCACCACCACCACCUGCUGAUGCUACUGCUGGAAAGAAUGACAAAAAGGAAAAGAAAAAGAAGGAGGAGGAUGAGGAUGAGGAUGAAGACGACGAAGAGACUGAUGACGGGGCCCUGUUCAAGAGCAUCAAGGAGGCCUACGACACGGCCAUCAAGAAGAUCUUCCUCGUGGACGCCGGCCUGGCCUUCAACUCCCCGUUCCCGCUGGUCCUAAGGCCCCAGAGAGGAGUGGACCUCUUCAUCUCCUUCGACUUUAGCGGCCGCAUCUCGGACAACAUUCCCCCUUUCAAGGAACUGCUGCUGGCUGAAAAGUGGGCGAAACAGAACAACAUUCCGUUUCCCCCCGUGGAGAAGAAAGUCAGGGAGACUCUCAUCAAAGAGCCCGUGCGGGAGUUUUACGUGUUCAAAGACGACAACGAUCCCACGUGUCCGGUCGUCAUCCACAUCGUCCUGCACAACGGCUCAUUCCGCGAAUUCGACAUCAAUGGAAAAGCGCGCAGCGAGGCCAAAGACCGGGACUUUGCCGACUUCCACGUGUUCUCCGACCCCGAGAACCCCUACUCCACUUUCAACUUCCGCUUCACGGGCAAGUCCUUCGACAGACUCGUGGCCCUCAUGGAGUACAACACGCUGAAGGCCCUGGAGGACGUCAAGGCCGAGCUGCGGUCCGUGGUGAGGGCCAAGCGGGCGGCCAAACACGAGCCAGCAGCCGUCAAAUCGGUCAAGGACCUGCUCAGCUUCAAGUUCUCCUUCAGCAACGACGGCUCCGAGCGACUCAAGCAGCUGGUGGAAAGGAUGCGAAGCUCUGCAGCAGCAGCUGCUGCUUCAUCAUCAGCAACAGUCACCUAGUGGUAGAAGUACUGAUGAUGACCGUCAAUCAAUCAAUCAAUAAAUCGAUUGAUUGAUCCACAAACACUGUACGUCAAUCAGCGCCGUCCAGCUGCUGCUGCUGCUCCUCUUGCUCUUGUUGUUGGCCGUGUGUUCAUUUUUAUGUGUAGUCCCGAAACUGCGUGCCUAUAUAUUUUAUUCAUGCGUGUGUAUGUCCCGCCAAUUUUACUAUUGGCAAAGACCAAAGUUUCACGCAUUCCCCCGCUGCCUGCUGAUGGUCUUCAUACUGUAUGUGGUCGUUGAGGAAUAACUUACCUUAGCAUAAAUUUUUAAUACUGUAUUUGCUAGUGGAUCAGAAAUUGAUGGAUAAAGUAAAGUUUGAAAAGAUUUGAAAUUGGGAAAUGAAAAACAGAAUCAGCCUGGGACAAGGCCGGGAAUCCUUUUCGGAUUUCCUAGUUUAAAUUGAAUGAAUGUAUUUCAACUUUUGUCCCACAAGUUAAUUAUUGCACAAAGACACAAUUUUUAACAAACACAACAACUCAACAGAACUCUUCCAGAGAUUUUUCAGGAUUUCACAGCAAGUGAUCAUGCCAAAAGUUUGAUCACAAAUGUCUUUGGUAAAUUUGGGAGGAAAACGGAAAUGGGUUUCUGGUUUUCUUUUGUUUUUUUUUUGUGGUUAUCCUUGGUGAGUUCCUUCCCAUUGAGAGUUGGAACUCUUAUCUGAUUUCGCAGUUUUUGUGUUUCAAUAAUUUUACUUUUAGCGUAAUUUGGCAUGCGUGGUUUCCCAACAGUGGUGCAGGUCAUAUCUUAGGUUAUAUCAUUGAACUACCCUCAAGGACUCUUGCGAAAUUUGUAAAAAAAAAAAAAGGUGAUUAUUAUGUAUUUGGUGGAAUCUAAAAUCAGUUUAUUUUUCUGAUGACUGGACUAUAAUAUUAUAACGCUAAUUUCUCAACAGAAUACAGUUUUUAAAAAUUAUUGUGGUGAAAGCAGCCAAGUUUUCCUGCCUUAGAAUGUUAUUGUUGACAAUUUAAUUUUUUCUUUGAAGGAACAAGUUUUUUUUCAGCUGCUAUAUGAGUGAUGGUUAAUAUUAAUGCGGAUUUGUUUUUUCAAAGGCGGGAAAAAAGAAGUCGAAAGAGAAAAACUGAAAUCCUGACGAAUGCAAGUUAAACAACAAUGGAAAAAGCCCUGCAGAGGAAAAAAGACCUGUAAUGAAUCUUGAGAAUGUUUUAUUAUCGCGAGGUUUUUCCUAUAGCAUCAUGAUGUCCGUCCAUCCUAUUUUUGUCAGGAGCUCUGGAAUGUUUUGAUCGUGUCAUAUUUGUUGCAAUAGAAUUUCACCUGCAUUUUGUCUCCCUUUUCGAUGAUGAACUCUAUAUAUAUAUACAGAAUAACGUAUUCACAUUUUAUGUCAAAAUGUGUUCCUCCUCUGCAUUUUCCCCACACAGACGACGAAAUUGUCAAUUUUUGGACUGAUGGGAUGCGCACAAUUUCGGUGGGGUGCUGCUUGGAGUGUUUUCCAAUUUUGAGGGGUUUCAUCAUGUAUACAGACGUCGAUGUUCGAGCGAGCGCUCAAAUUGAUCUUGACAAUGCCAUUCAAAUGGAUGGGAUUCAUUUUCACUGGAUCCGUGGUUGGAAGUUAAAUUUUCAAAGAAUGGAAUGAUGCGAUGCAUUUUAUCCGGAAAAGAGAAAGAAAAAGAAACUUGUCUCCGGAAUGUCGAGGGACCCUAUUUCCCGCUGCAGACAAUCAAUCAAUCCAUCAAACUGUCGUCUUUCACGAUUCUGACGCGCGUUGGCAUAUUUUGUUUUUAUUAUUUUUCCUUGGUCAGGAUUGCAUUUAUUUUUAUUUGAUGUUUUGAAGAAGCGGCAAAUUUUGUCGUGGUUGCGGCAUUAUUUUAUGGUGUGAUGGCUUUAAACGUUUUUUUCAGUUACAAGUAUUUCGCGGGAGGAUUUCUCAUCAUCGAUGAUGCACCGCAACGAGAACGUCCCUAAAUUGGGGAAUAAAGAGAAGAAAACUCUGGGA